AUGGCUCCUUCGGGGGGCUCUUCUAUUUUGCCGUCGCUGCCACCGCCGCGCCCUAAAUCACCACCGACGUAUCCAGAUUUAUAUGGUAAGCGUCGGGAGCUGGCUAAAGUUCAGAUGUUGGAGAGAGAGAUUGGGUUUCUUGAGGAGGAAUUAAAAUCUGUUGAUGGCCUUCAACCUUCUUCCAGAUGCUGUAAAGAGGUUGCUGAUUUUGUGGUGGCUAAUGCAGAUCCCUUAUUGCCAACAUCUGUUGAAUUCUGUAAAUUGCCCUUUUCUACUUCUUGUCUUUUCACUGCAGAAGUCAAAAGAUUCGUAGGUCUUGUCGCUUAUGGAAAUGGAUUAGUGGUAUGUCCUGCUUUGUGUGCAGUGGAAUGUCCUGCUUUGUGUGCAGUGGAGUGUCCUGCUUCGAUAUCUCAUGGACCUGUUGUUGUGAAUGCUGUCCUCUCAAAAUGCCACACUGUUGCAACUGCUUAUGUAACUGCCUGUCCUGUCUCAAGUGUUCAAUACCCAAGUGCCAAUGUUGCCCCUGGCCACACUGCCGAUGCUUUAACAAAUUCUCAUGCAGCAGAAGUUGUUGCAUCCUUCAAUGUCCUUCAUGCCCAGACUUCUCUUGCAGUAGAUGUACAUGCGGUUGUGCUAAGUGUCCAAAGGUACUUCUCUGUUCCUGCUGUACAACAAACUGCUGCGACCCUUGUUAUUUAUGUUACUAGUAUAUUCAUUCACUAAUUCCAAAUGGAAGUGUCAACUCAUUUUCACUGGCUUGUCCACUGCUAUAAGUUCAUUGACUCCGGUCAUGGUUGCCUGGU